GCUGGUUGGGCUGCCACCCAAUGCUCAUAUGAGGUUUGGUAUUUAUUGGUUUGUCUCCCCUUGGCUAGGAUGAAAGUUUGGCAUUUGCUGUUUGCCUUCAAGAACAAGAGUAGGAGACGUGUCAGGCUGUAAUAAGUCCUGGGAAAUUGCUGCACGGGUCUCACUUGAGGGACCCAGGCAGAUUGAGCAUGGAGAUGGAGGAGAACGAAGUGGAGAGCAGCAGCGAUGCGGCCCCUCCUCUGGCCCAGGAAGAGCCCUCGGAGAGCGGGCUUGGCGUGGAGACCUCUGAGGCCAUGUCUGCCGACAGCAGCGAUGCUGCUUUCGUGCCCAUCCUCUCCGAAGCGGACGACUCUGGCGUGGGGCAGAGCUCCGACAGCAGCGGGGGCUCUCUGGAGGAAGUGUCGGAGAGCAGCUCUAGCACAGAUGCCAUUCAGAGGAUCUACCUGCCAGACUCUUCCUCUAUCGCCCAGUCUACCCUGGUCUCCAGCGUCUCCACCGUGAGCCAGUCCGUUAUGGUAUCGGAGUCCCCACAGGUGCUGGUUCACUCCAGCGUCAUCACCGAUGGGGCCACAGUGGUGUCGGACUGCACUGCAUCCACCUCCUCAGACCUGGGCUCGGCCAUAGACAAAAUCAUCGAAUCCACGAUUGGGCCGGACAUCAUCCAGAGCUGCAUCGCAGUGACGAGCGCGGAGGAUAGCGGUGCCCAGACGACCCGGUAUCUCAUUCUGCAGGGGCCUGAUGAUGGUGCCCCCAUGGUGUCCCAGAUGGCCACGUCUGCUCUGGCCAACAGUUUGGCAAUAGAAGCCAUAGCCGAUGGACCCACCUCCACGUGCCUAGACCAGCCUGGCCCUUCAGACCCAUCGGAGCAGUCGGACCUGCUGGAGCUGCCCACGCGGCCGGAGCAGGCCAGAGAGGUAGAUGCUGGGGAGGAGCCCGACCAGCCGGACCUGGAGAGCUUGGAGGAGAUGAUGGAGGUGGUGGUGGUGCAGCAGUUCAGGUGCAAGAUGUGCCAGUACAAGAGCAUCUCCAAGAAAACUCUCAUCAAUCACAUGAGGGAGCGGCACUUCCAGCCAGGUAGGGAUGCUGCCUCUUGGGAGGCUUAUCUGCCAGGGGUGCCGCGCAAGGGGGCUCCCUCGCCAAAGCUCCCGCAGGAAGAUGGGCCGGAGGAGGAAGAGGAGGAUGAUAUCAUGGAUGCUGGAGCCAUUGAUGACCCUUCAGAGGACAGUGAGAAUAACCCAGCUGAGGACGAGCCUCGUGGGCGGCAGCCCAAGUACAGCCGCAUUGUCCCCACGUCGAGCGAGGAGAGGCCACGCCGGCGCCCAGGGAGGCCACGCAAGUUCCCUCGCCUGGAGGCCCUGCCGCAGCCCCUGCCCCAGCCCGGAGCCCCCCUCCCGGGGCCCCGCCCCACCAGGCUGAGGGUGUGUUACCCCUCCGUCUCGGUGCGCCUCACGCCGUGGGUCCCAAGGGGAGCGUUGGUACACGUCCGUGCCAGCUCUGCUGGGAGGUGUCAAAGCAGCUGCCCCUGCCCUGGUCCUCGGUCUGCUCCAGUUCCGAGUGCGAGACGGCCCAUCCCCCCGCCCCGGCAGAGCCCCGUGGGGAUGGGGCCCCCCGGACCGUGCGCUUGCCCCAGCGAGGAGGAGCGCCCCGCAGAGGCCACCCACACGGUGGUGGUGAGCGAGGCCGUGGUGACGGACGCGCUGAAGGAGCACAGCGCUCACUACAUCGUGUCAGCCAGCUUCCCCGGGAGCCAGCUGCAUCGGGUGGAGGCUCUUCUCUCCCAGCAGCUCAGCUGGGGCUCUGCCGUCUCCCCAGGGCCGGGCCAGGAGGCCCCGGGCUCCGCUGCUGCAGUGCCUGGCCAGGCAGCUCCGGAGGAGCUCUGCCUUCUCACCUGCCCCCGACGAGCCGGAGAGCCCGUCCCCAAAGGGCAAGUGGGCCCCGCUGCAGGGGGGGGCCAAGAAGCUGUCGUGCAAGAUUUCCACAGCCAAGAAGCUGUCGUGCAAGAUUUCCACGACCAAGAAAUUCUCCUGCAAGAUUUGCACAGCCAUGUUCACCGGGAGAGCGGAGAUGGAGAGUCACAAGAGGCCCAUGUGGGACCCAGCACCUUCAAGUGUCCCGACUGCCCCUUCACGGCCGCCGUGUGGCUGGAGGUCCGGAGUCACAUGGCCCAGCACGCCAGCCUGCGGCCCCACAAGUGCUCGCACUGCAGCUUUGCCUCCAAGAACAAGAAGGACCUGCGCAGGCACAUGCUGACGCACACCAACGAGAAGCCCUUCGCCUGCCAGGUCUGUGGGCAGAGGUGGGUAGAGCAGCCGGGACGCCGGCCUGGGCCGCCGGCAGCCCCCGCCCAGCAGACCAUCGUCCUGAACAGUGAGGAGGAAGCGCUGGCCACGCUGCAGAGUAAGAGAGCGGGCAGGGCUGCCAGGCCACACUGCUGGAGAGCUGGCCGGGCCGGGCCGGGCGUAGGGAUGGUCAAUAGCAGUUCAUUGACGCGUCCGUGGGCGGGGGGCUCGGUCCCUGCAGGGACACUGCGGUGGGGCUCAGUCCCUGUGCCCCUGCAGGUGCAGUACAUCAUUGCUCAGGAGGGCGUGCAGCACCUGCUCCCCCACGAGUACGUCGUCGUGCCAGAAGGGCAUCACAUCCAGGUAGGGGCCCCGCUGCCUGGCACGGGCUGGUGCCAGAUUGUUGCCUGGGUCGUGGGGUCCAGGGUGGAGCUGGGGCGGCCGGGGAUCCCUGGUCCCUUGGAUCGGGCCUGUGACGUCGGGGGGGGCUGGCUGUCACCUCUCCUGGCUGUGGGGUUCCACCCCCCCACCUUCCCGUUCAGCUUUGGACCACGCUCGAACCUCAGCACAGCUGAGUUCCUUGCCAGCCCCUCGUCUGGCUGCACCGGUGCCGUACUCCCACAGCCGAGUGGCGUCCACUCAGGCAUCUCUCCCCUCCACGGCACCUGGCCUUCUGGAAUCGACGUCCAUCUCCGCGCCGUCACAAGCACCGACGUCGACCCGGUGGUCUUCGACAGUGCCCCAACCAUCAGCUGCUUCUACAGCACCGUCUCCGGGGCACUACAACUCCGCAUCGCUAACCAGCAGGCCAUGUUGAGCCGCUAUGCCUUCAAUACGUGGCAGGCUGUUGAGAAAUUCAGGGACAGGCUCCCAGCGGAGGACCGUCAGGAGUUCGCAGCCAUUGCUUCGGAGGGCAAGGUCAUCGCCCGAACUGCCCUCCAUGCGUCCCUGGACACAGUCGAUUCGGCAGCCUGCACUAUGGCAACUGGUGUAGUUACGCGUCGUGGUGCCUGGCUGCACGUUUCGGGGAUUCCCCCUGACGUUCAAAAUACGAUCCAAGACUUGCCUUUCGAGGGCAAGACUUCGUUCUCGGAGCGCACCGACUCUAGGCUCCACACGCUAAAGGACACGAGGUUCACCCUGAAGUCCUUGGGCAUCCACACGCCUGCCCCGCAGCGUCGACAGCUGCCCUAUAGGUUCAGCAUGGUGACCUUGGCCUCGGUCAUCCCAGUGCUACAGUUAGGAGACUGGUACGCGCCUCUCGACCUCAAGGACGCGUACUUCCACGUGGAGAUCAGGCUCCUGGGUCACAUGGCUGCGUGCACGUACACGGUGCGCCACGCCAGAAUGAGAAUCAGACCCCUGCAGGAUUGGUUGGCGAAGGCCUUCAGCCAGUCGCGGGGUCUUUGGGAUUCGGUCAUAAGUGCCCCCAGAGAUCCUGGCCUCCCUACAAUGGUGGACCCAGGAGACUGUGGUGUGCAGUGGGGGUGUUGA